UCUGCUGAACGGACUCAGAGGGAAAAGUUAGGCAAGAUGGCAAACCCCGCAGACCCGGAGUGAAAGGGCGCCGCUGCCCCCCUCAUAAUUAAAAACAAGCCGAGUCUGCGUUUCCUCCUGCGGGGGAAUCCGACGAUGCAAACCGCGCCAGAAGGGCUGACAGGGGAUUCCCUGAAGGAAAAUGCCACAGACUGAAGCUGCUGCGACACAGCUAGAGCUGGAAAAGAGCUGACUUGGCACCGAUCAAUCCCAUCUGAGAUCCACCGAGCCGCCAGAAGCAGAUCCGAUCACCCCAUGCCUGCUUAGAGCCGGAUCCGCCUCCCCUCUCCUCCUGUCUCUCGCUCGCUCAGCAAAGGAGAUUAUCGGGAAUCGAAGGUGGUGUGGAAGCCCCUCCAGCAGGGAUUUAUCCGCCAUCUGGGACGUCCCACCGCAUCCGGCGGCGCCUCGUCCGUCCCGCCCGGCAGACCAUGAUGUUUCGGGAUCAGGUGGGCGUGCUGGCCAGCUGGUUUAAGGGAUGGAACGAGUGCGAGCAGACCGUGGCUCUGGUGUCGCUGCUGAAGAGGGUGAGCCGGACCCAGGCCCGAUUCCUGCAGGUGUGCCUGGAGCACUCCCUGGCUGAAUGCACGGAGCUGCAGGUCCUGGAGGGAGAGGCCAAUAAUCCAGGUCUGAUCAGUCAGUGGCAAGGUGAGCCUAAGGAGCGGAUCAUCUCUCUGGUCCUCACCCACCUCCCUCUGCUCAAACCGGGCAACACUGAGGCAAAGAGCGAGUACAUGCGCCUGCUGCCGCGCAUCCUGGCGCACACCAUCGAGCACGGCCACCACCUGGAGGAGUCCCGCCAGCUGCUGUCCUACGCCCUCAUCCACCCGGCCACCUCCCUGGAGGACCGCUCCGCCCUGGCGCUCUGGCUGAACCACCUGGAGGAGAGGGCCGCCGCACGGGGCGACUCCCUGGAGAGGCCGCCGCCCGCCGCCGGCCCCCACCAUCACCACCACCAGUCCACGCCUCCGUCCACCCUGGCCUCGUCGGGAUCCUCGUCUUCCACGAACUCUUCGUCGUCGGGGAACCUGUACAACCUGCACCACCACCAUCACCACCACCAGCGCUACGGCUCCGACGACCGCCUCAACGGCUGGCAGAACUCCCGGGACUCGGGGAUCGGCGGAGGCUGGCACCAGCAGCAGGGCUGUGAGAACGGACAUCUCCUACUUUACCCAUCAUCCUCGGUGCCGGCAACCAUCAACACUGUUGGAACUGGUGGAGGAAGCAACACCAUUCUUUCAAGCGGCAGUGGAAGUCAGCAGCACAGUCCCCUGAAGCGCUCCGUGUCCCUUACGCCCCCCAUCAGCGGCCCCAACAACCAGCCUCUGGGCCACGUCUGGCUGUCCCAAGAGGACCUUCGGACGUCCAGAGGCCCCGCCCCAGACCAUGCGCCUCUCUCCCCCCAGAGCAGCAUCGCCUCUUCAGGCAGUGGGGGCAGCGAACACCUGGAUGAUGGCGGCUUAGGAGGCAGUUCAAGUCUGCAUCGCAAUUCCUUCCAUGAGGACGGCAGUGGGAUGAGGGAUGUUCCUGGAUGGCUGAAGAGUCUUCGUCUCCAUAAGUACGCCGUGCUCUUCUCCACAAUGACCUACGAUGAGAUGAUGUCACUGACGGAAGAACAACUAGAAGCACAGAAAGUCACUAAAGGAGCUCGACACAAGAUUGUAAUCAGCAUUCAGAAACUCAAAGAAAGGCAGAACCUUCUGCGCAGCCUGGAAAAGGACGUCUUGGAGGGCGGGAAUCUUCGCACGCCGCUGCAGGAGCUCCACCUGAUGAUCACGACUCCCAUCAAGGCCUUUAGCGGAGGGGACGAGUCGUCUCUGCAGCGCCCCCUGCUGAGUCCGCAGAGCAAGAGCUCCGCCUCCGACUCCGGCCUGCCUGGAGGCGGCGGAGGAGAGGCCGAGUCUGGCGGCAGCGUCAUCGCAGAGGGGGAUCUGCCGGGCCAGUUCACCCGGGUCAUGGGGAAAGUUUGCACCCAGCUCCUCGUGUCGCGGUCGGAUGAGGACAACAUCAGCUCCUACCUGCAGCUCAUCGAUAAAUGUCUCAUCCACGAGUCCUUCACAGAGACGCAGAAGAAGAGGCUGUUGUCAUGGAAACAGCAGGUCCAGAGGCUUUUCCGGUCGAUCCCGAGGAAAACCCUCCUUGACAUUGCGGGCUACCGGCCUCAGAGGAGCCGUUUCGGUCAGUCGAACUCUCUCCCCACCACCAGCUGCGUCGGGAGCAGCGUGUCCGCCAGGCGCAGCCUCCACCAGUUCCACAUGCCUUCCAGGAGCUUACCGGGAGCCAGACUGGGUUUACUGGGCAGCGGGGGGCUGCUGGGACCCACACCCCGCAGCUCCAGCAGCACCCCGACCGGGCCCAAACAGGGCAGGCAUGGCCCCUGGUUUGCCAACCCUGGAGGAAGUAACAGCAUGCCGAGUCGGACCCACAGCUCCGUGCAGAGGACGCGGUCGCUGCCGGUCCACACCACGCCGCAAACCAUGGUUCCGUUCCAGCAGGCCGAUCAUCAGUUUCCAGUGACGGAGCCGGACAUCAACAAUCGCCUCGAGUCGUUGUGUUUGAGCAUGACAGAACACGCUUUGGGAGAUGGUGCAGAUCGCACAUCGACGAUAUGAGGUCAUCGGGGCGCCGCAGGUUCUCCUCAAAGCCAGCCGGAGGUCGCCGGUCCUCCCGCCCCCCUCCCCGCAGCGCUCCACCGCCGGACCGGGCCGGACCGGAUCGGACCUCAGACACUCGCAGGUUGGUCGGCAAACAGCCAACGCAGCCCAUCAUCCAUCGGGUCGGACAGAAACAGACUUUCUCCUCCGUCCCGAGAAGGAAAAGCAUCAAAGCCAGCGAUGGACGGCGCCUGACUGGCGCCCCCCAGUGGAGGCGAGCGGAAGGGCAACACCGGCCUGUGGAUCGGGCCGACCAGAUGAAACAUGGCGUCUUCCGCGCCAGUAAUGUUACCUCAGACGAGACGAGCGGAGCCGCCGCGUUCGGGUCGGGAUUCUCAGACCGAUCGAACGUCCGGCGCUUCGUAGACGUUGGCGCCGCGACUCUGCGAGUUUUCAGCCGACAUCUUGUUUCUGCGUCCGUAUUGUUUACACGACGAUGCUGCUGUCGGACGGCGCGCUCGUUUUCAGGAAGCGCGCGAAGCUUUACGUCCCGCAGGCGGCCAUCGAACCAGUUUACAGCAAACGUCUCCUUUAUCGAGCGACGGCCGGCUGCGAGGUUUUAUCGGAGAGAACGACGGGAGGAAGUGCAGCAGAGGAAGACGGAGGAUGUUGAAGAGCAGCGGCGUCAAACUCACAAAUUUAUUAAUAAAACUACCUACACUGCAAAAACACAAAACAUUA